AUGCUGAAUUCAAAACAACGACACAAUGAGCCGCAAACGUUUGUCAAUACUUCGAACAGGGAUGCUAUGGCUAAUCUUGUCGAUCUCGAAGAGAUUGUACUUAAUUGGGCCAAGUUAAUAUUCGAUACGACAAAAACGAAAGCUGAAGCAAAAAUCAAGAAGAAGUAUUUAUCGGUUAGUCAGCAAAUAAUAUUUAAAUUAUGCUUCUACUUAUGAUC